AUGGACCAUUGUAGGGGCGGCAGCAUCCCCAGGGACCCACCAAGGGACGACGGCACGACAAGGAACACUCCCAGAGGCUGUGGCGCCGGGCAGGGACCUUUCAUGAGCGGUGACGCCCCCAGGGGUCCUGCAAAAGAUGGUGGCCCUUCCAGGGCCAUCCCAGGGGUGGUGGUAUUCCCAGGUUCCCACUUAGGGACAGUGCUAUGCCCCGAGGGACUCUCCCAGAUGCGGUGGCGGCCCCAGAGACACCUUCAGGGUCUGGUGUUCCCAAAUGCCCUCCUAGGGCCGGCGGCGUCCCCAUGGACCAUUGUAGGGGCGGCAGCAUCCCCAGAGACCCUCCAAGGGACGACGGCACGACCAGGAACACUCCCAGAGGCUGUGGCGCCGGCAGGGACCUUUCAUGAGCGAGACACCUUCAGGGUCAGCGAUGCCCUCAGGGACCCUCCAGGGAAAGUGGUGCACACCAGGGGUCCUCCCAGGGGUGGUGGUGCCCCCAGGGGCCCUUCCAGGGUCAUUGGUUCCUCUAGGUGUUCAGCCAAACGCUUUGGCUCCCCCAGGGACGGUUGCACCCCCAGGGGCUUGAUCACAGUGUCAUACAGAAGGUCUGGUGUUCCCAAAGGCCCUCCUAGGGGCGGCGGCGCCCCCAUGGACCAUUGUAGGGGCGGCAGCAUCCCCAGGGACCCUCCAAGGGACGACAGCACGACCAGGAACACUCCCAGAGGCUGCGGCGCCCGGCAGGGACCUUUCAUGAGCGGUGACGCCCCCAGGGGUCCUGCAAAAGAUGGUGGCCCUUCCAGGGCCGUCCCAGCGGUGAUGGCAUUCCCAGGUUCCCACUUAGGGACAGUCCUAUGCCCCGAGGGACUCUCCCAGAUGCGGUGGCGCCCCCAGAGACACCUUCAGGGGCCCUACAGGUCUGGUGUUCCCAAAGGCCCUCCUAGGGACGGCGGCGUCCCCAUGGACCAUUGUAGGGGCGGCAGCAUCCCCAGGGACCCUCCAAGGGACGACGGCACGACCAGGAACACUCCCAGAGGCUGUGGCGCCGGGCAGGGACCUUUCAUGAGCGGUGACGCCCCCAGGGCUCCUGCAAAAUAUGGUGGCCCUUCCAGGGCCGUCCCAGGGGUGGUGGCAUUCCCAGGUUCCCACUUAGGGACAGUGCUAUGCCCCGAGGGACUCUCCCAGAUGCGGUGGCGCCCCCAGAGACACCUUCAGGGUCAGCGAUGCCCUCAGGGACCCUCCACGGAAAGUGGGCCCUACAGGUCUGGUGUUCGCAGUAGCCCUCCUAGGGGCGGCGGCGCCCCCAUGGACCAUUGCAGGGGCGGCCCAUCCCCAGGGACCCUCCAAGGGACGACGGCACGACCAGGAACACUCCCAGAGGCUGUGGCCGGGCAGGGACCUUGGCGGUGGCCUUGGGAAAAACUCCUGCAAAAUAUGGUGGCCCUUCAGGGCCGUCCCAGGGUGUGGUGGCAUUCCCAGGUUCCCCACUUAGGGACAGUGCUAUGCCCCGAGGGACUCUCCCCAGAUGCAGUGGCGCCCCAGAGACACCUUCAGGGUCAGCGAUGCCCUCAGGGACCCUCCAGGGGAAAAUGCGGUGGCGCCCCCAGGGACACCUUCAGGGUCAGUGAUGCCCUCCAGGGGAUCUCCUCAAGGGAAAGCGGUGCAUCAGGGUCCUCCACGGUGGUGGUGCCCCAGGGGCCCUUCCAGGGUCAUUGGUUCCCUCUAGUGUUUCAGCCAAGGCUUUGGCUCCCCAAGGGGCCCUUCCAGGGGCAGUUGCGCCCCAGGGGCGCUGAUCACAGUGUGUACAGAAGGGGCGGCGGCGUACCAUGGACCAUUGUAGGGGCGGCAGCAUCCCCAGAAGGACCCUCCAAGGAGGGACGACAGCACGACCAGGAACACUCCCAGAGGCUGUGGCGCCGGGCAGGGGCCUUUCAUGGCCGGUUGACGCCCCCAGGGGUCCUGCAAAGAUGGUGGCCUUCAGGGCCCGUCCCAGAGAUGGUGGCAUUCCCAGGUUCCCACUUAGGGACAGUGCUAUGCCCGAGUGACUCUCCCAAAUGCGGUGGCGCCCCAGAGACACCUUCAGGGUCAGCUUGA